GUACUUUCUACAUGAAAAAACGUCCGGUCAGAAAAUGUCGCUUUUCCCAGAAUGAAUGUUUCGUUUACCGACGUCAUUUACGACGUUGUUUGAAUAACUUCGAUAAGGAGUCGGGAGUGAAAUGAAGGAGCGGAGGAGGGACUGACCGUGUGAAGAAAUGCGCAGUUUUCUUCCAGUCCGACUCCCGGAGGUACCUUCCGAUAAAUACAGCAGCAGCUAGCCGGGGACGCUAAAGAGGUGAUGUCAGCCGAGCUGAGCUGAUGAUGAUGACUAUCGCUGAUGUGAUCAAGCAGCUAGUUGAAGCUCAUGAACAGGGCAAAGACAUCAAUCUCAACAAAGUGAAGACCAAGACUUCGGCUAAGUAUGGACUUGAGGCCCAGCCCAGAUUGGUCGAUAUCAUUGCAGCUGUUCCACCACAGUACCGCCGUGUUUUGGUGCCCAAACUCAAAGCCAAACCUAUCCGCACUGCCAGUGGGAUCGCAGUUGUGGCUGUGAUGUGCAAACCACACAGAUGUCCUCACAUCAGCUUUACAGGAAAUAUCUGUGUCUACUGUCCUGGUGGACCAGACUCUGAUUUCGAGUACUCCACACAGUCGUACACUGGCUAUGAGCCAACAUCCAUGAGGGCGAUCCGAGCUCGCUACGACCCCUAUCUACAGACCAGACAUCGAGUGGAGCAGCUGAAGCAGCUGGGCCACAGUGUCGACAAGGUGGAGUUCAUCGUGAUGGGCGGCACCUUCAUGGCUCUCGCCGAGGAGUACAGAGACUACUUCAUCAGGAACCUCCACGACGCCCUGUCAGGGCACACCUCCAACAACGUGGCUGAGGCCGUCAGGUACUCGGAGCGCAGCAACACCAAGUGCGUGGGAGUCACGAUAGAGACGCGGCCAGACUACUGCCUGAAGCGCCACCUCAGCGACAUGCUGAGCUACGGCUGCACCCGCCUGGAGAUAGGAGUGCAGAGUGUUUACGAAGACGUGGCCAGAGACACCAACAGAGGCCACACAGUGCGAGCUGUGUGCGAGUCUUUCCAACUGGCAAAGGAUGCUGGCUUUAAAGUUGUUGCACACAUGAUGCCAGACCUGCCCAACGUCGGCAUGGAGAGGGACGUGGAGCAGUUUAUUGAGUUCUUCGAGAAUCCGGCUUUCAGGCCCGACGGUUUGAAGCUCUACCCAACACUGGUGAUCCGAGGCACGGGUCUGUAUGAGCUGUGGAAGACGGGCCGCUACAAGAGCUACACGCCGAGUGCCCUGGUGGACCUGGUGGCCCGCAUUCUGGCCCUGGUGCCGCCCUGGACACGAGUGUACAGGGUCCAGAGGGACAUCCCCAUGCCGCUGGUGAGCUCCGGUGUGGAGCACGGCAACCUGAGGGAGCUGGCGCUGGCUCGGAUGAAGGACAUGGGCACUGAGUGUCGAGAUGUCCGGACCCGAGAAGUUGGCAUUCAGGAAAUCCACCACAAAGUCAGGCCUUACCAGGUGGAGCUAGUUAGGAGGGACUACGUGGCCAAUGGCAGCUGGGAGACCUUCCUCUCCUAUGAGGACCCGGAGCAGGACAUCCUUAUCGGCCUCCUGCGCCUGCGUCGCUGCUCCCCUCAGUCCUUUCGGCCGGAGCUGAAAGGAGGAGUUUCCAUUGUUCGCGAGCUGCACGUGUACGGCAGCGUGGUCCCAGUGAGCAGCCGAGACCCCAGCAAGUUCCAGCAUCAGGGAUUUGGUAUGAUGCUGAUGGAGGAGGCGGAGAGAAUCGCCAGAGAGGAGCACGGCUCAGAGAAACUGGCCGUUAUCUCGGGUGUAGGAACUAGAAACUACUACAGGAAGAUGGGCUACGAGUUGGAGGGGCCGUAUAUGGUGAAGCAGCUCUACGGGGCAGAACUGGACUAAACUACCCGACAUCUUUCUUCUCUGGAUGGUGCAUACAGAACCACAUAUACGUACAAAUUAUUACUUUUUUCUAUCAAAACAAUGGUCCUGAGAAACAAAUUCUUGCCGUGUUUGCAGAGAAACACUCCCAGCCGCAUGGAAGGAGAUAAUGCUCGUGUUGUUUCCACAGGCCAUUCAUCUGCUAUUAUCUGAAGCUGCUGCCUUCGCUCUGCUUUAUUUAGAUAAGGAGACGGGAGAGAGGACACGGGAAAGUGGAUAAAUUUGGGACGAAGCCAGCCUCAUCUGGUGGAGACUUUCCACAUUAAAGGUGAAGGCAGGCCAGAUGGGGGCGCUGACACGCCUGACCAGUGAACUGCAUUUAAUGUAAAACAACAAACCUGCGGAGGAAGUUCUGAUUUGACUGGAAUGUUACAUGUUUGUCUGGGAUUAACGUCACGGUUUGAGUUAAUCGUGUUUCUGUUGCAAUCAUGUGAAAGAAGAAAACCCUGCUGGAGUCGAGCGCUCCUGAAUGCCUGGCUGCCAGUGGAUGAAUGGAGGCCGAGAAAUCCUCCCCGGCCAGCUGUGGUGUAAUUGAAAUAUUUUAAAUUAUGGGGUGGGAAAUUUGUCUUAGCGUUGUAUAAAUAGCUUUUUAAAGCCCUCUCGCAUAAUUGUGUUUUUUUUUUUUUUUUGUCUGUCACGCAUUCUGGAAACAUCCUACCAAAAAUUUUCUUAAAGAAUAAAGUAUUUUUCAGGUA